AUGCAGAAAAGUGAGUUUUAUUAUUUUCAGUAUCUAUUUUAUGGAAUAAUUAUUAAUGAACAUAUUAGAGUAAAAUGGGAAGUUGAAUCUAGAGUACCAUGUUGUGGAAGCUUUAUGAUUAUGCUAGAAGAUCAUACUUUAGGAAAUUUAUUAAGAACACAAUUACUUCGUGACCCUAGUGUUAUUUUUGCUGCAUAUAAGGUACCACAUCCCCUAGAACCAAUGGUUCAAAUACGUAUUCAAACACGUGAAACAACAACACCAUUUGUAGCAAUGCAAAAUGCCAUUCAAAUGAUUUUAGCAGAAACCCAAACAGUUGCAAAUACUUUUAAGGAUGCAAUGAGAAAUCAUCCUACAUAUAGAUAA